AUGGCAGCUCGAUAUUUGGCUGCAUUCCAGCGCAGCGAUAUUCCUCGCGACCGACCUUACUUCACUCCUCAUCUCCCAACUUAUUCCUCUGCCGUUCGCGAAAAAAUACAUCUCCAGUCCAGUGGCAGGCGAUGGCUAAUACCUAUGUCAGGUUCACUCUCGUCACAUACACGCCGAAUACGUCUCGAGUCCCUAAGUCCCGUUCCUAGCUUCAGAAUAGCCCGCGUCGGUCAACGAAGAGGUUUCGUCUGUCGAUGUCUUGCGUUCCUGUCUGUAGUCUCUGCCGUUGUGAUCCUCCUCAUAAUGUUGGGUACCGAAGAGUCCCACUGGACACCCCAGUUCAGGGAUUCUACCCUCGUGUUUGGCAGAGAGAAUUUGCAACGCAUUUGGAAGUGGGAGAUCGAGAGCGGACAUUACCCCAGCAAUGGGAAGAUUCCCGAGCAGAUUGGCUUCACCUCUACCAUCUUGAAUCCCGCUUUGCCACCGGCAAAGGCACAUACGCUCAUUUCACCGUUUACACCUCCGCCAGGGCCAGUGACCACUAUCACUAGAGGAAUUGGUCCCCGUAGAGUAUAUCUCGAAAAUACGAAGCAGUCUGUCGGCGAGGCAUACCCGCCCAGACCGGUACCUGGAAGCAUUGCAGAUUUAGAUAUCAUUCUAGAGCAAUGUAAUUUUUCAGAGGGCAAGUACGUCCGGGAUUGUUUGGAGUUUCUGCGCGUUUCCGCUAGUUUGGAUAAUGGUCGAAGAGUUCGACGAGGAUCAUUGGAGGGAUGGAAAUACGCUUUCAUGGAAGAGGAUCGACCGGAUGAAGAAUAUUCUCCCCGCUCCACGCAAGCUGCACCUACAGUGCCUGCAGGACCAUACCCCACUGGACGCCAAAAUUCAAAUGCAGGAUUGAUGAAGAAGAGGAAUGUUCAAUGGGAGGGCCCACUACAACUCUCACCCCCUGAGCAGCAAAUCGUCCGUUCAGGCCCUUCGACUGCUUGCGAUCCCGAAAAUCUCCGCCUGUUCCAUAUGUUUUGGGCAGGUCCAUUCAACGAGAAACCAUAUGUUGCGCUGUUAUCCUUUCUCUUCACCCAGAACCUUGACGCGUGUCCGCCACAAAUCUGGUUGUGGAUUAAUCCUGGUCCUGCAGCGGCCGUUCCCAAUCCCUCCGCACUCACAGAUAUGUACGAUGCGCUGAAGACGAACCCAUGGGCGGCACCCUUCCUUCACCCGCGUUUCAAGAAUGUUAUCAAAUUCAAACUGUGGAACACAACGGAACAACUUGAUAGCAACCUGGAGCUGCGAGACGAGUGGAGGAACAUGGAAACCCUCUUCAAUUCUGGGGGUGUGACUGUGAGCGUACCUGCUGACAAACCUGCAGGAAGCUCUAGUGCUAGCUCAUCUGGGAUCGGUGAUAUGGUUCACCGCCUUGGUUCGAAGUCGGAAGCGACUUAUGAUAGGCUUUCCGUGAUAUUGUCCGACAUGGCCCGAUUCAUUGUCACUCAUCGCUAUGGAGGAAUCUAUCUAGAUGCUGACACCAUCUUCCUGCGGGAUUGGGAGGAGCUUUGGGGAUGGAAAGGCGCCUUUGCCUACCGGUGGUCCUACCAUGACGACUACAACACUGCUGUGCUCCAUCUUAACAAGGGUUCCGCCCUUGGCUCUUUCCUCUUCCGCACCGCAUUGAAGAACGGGUUGGAUUUUCAUCCUGUUGCUGUCUCUAAGUACCUCAAAGAAGCGCACCUGGAGAACCUUUUGUUACGCGUUCCUGACGCGCUUUUCGACCCAGCUUGGCUAAACACGGAAGGUUAUCAAGUGGAACGGCCACCAUACCCCUUCUUCACAGGCUUUGCUGAUUUCUUCGAUACUCCAGAAGUUCAGAGCGCUGCUCCGCAGGUCAGUGGGUUUGAAGGGUUCUUCAGGGGGGCAUUCUCGUAUCACUUUCAUAACUUCUGGUGGAAGCCAUUCGAUCCUGCUAGGAAUUGGCCGGACUUGGGGCCCAAAUUUGGGGGUGGUGAAAGGGCAGCACGCGCUGCUGCCAACCCUCAUGCAGAUCCUGAUGACUGGGACGACAAGAUAUCCGAUGACAAGCGUGACUUGGACUGGGCGACUGUGCUGAAGCGCACAUUUGAAGCUUACAUUCGUGGAGAAAGACCAAAUAUGUAUGGUGAAUGGUUGCGCUGGUGA